AUGGCAGGAGCAGAGAACCCGUUCGAGGAUCUCUUCAGACGGGCUGAUGGCCUGCUCCAUGACUCUGUCGCCUUCAUGGCCGAGCAGACCGAGCAUCUCGAAGAGCUGGGCGACCGCGUGGCAACGAGCAUUUCCGAGUGGACUUCUAUCGUUGUCGAUCAUCUCUCGCUCCAUGGCACUCUGCCCAUGCCCGGACUUCCUCAUCUGCCCUCAUCCAAGUCGGUCAAGAUACCCAUCAGAUCAGCACCCGAGCCGCCCAGACAGCUCUCGCGCUACGAAUCUUUCGUGGGCCUUAUCAAGCAUCGACCUUACCUCUGGACGCUCGUCUUCACCUCUGCCCUCGCAGGCACCACGACUUAUCUCUGGAUCUUCAAGCCUCAUCUCUUGGCGUCUUUGCCCCUCAUUGGGGACAGGCUGCCCCUCGACCGUUCAAAGCGAGUAGCCCCGCUGUCUGUCCGGCGAGUCCGUCCGCGCAUCUCUGCCGGUACGGACCAGAGACUCGAAGCUGUCAUCGUGCUCGGAUGCGAUCGGGGUACGCUCGGUCGCUCGAUAGCGCUCUUCCUCGAGCAGAGCGGCUUCAUCGUCAUCGCUAGCGUCAGCCAACAGGACGAUGUCAAAGUACUCGAAAGCGAAUCUCAGGGCUACCUCAAGGCGGUGUACCUCGAUCCUACCCAACCUUCUACGCUGUCGCCGUACCUGCGAGGCCUGUCAAACGCGCUCUCGCUCGGCUACCCGCUCAAGCGCGCUGGAGAUCCGUACAGCUCUGCAAAGGACAUGCCAGCAGUGACCAGCCUGGUCAACUGUCUGCCCGUGCUCGAGCAUUGCGUCGAGCGGCCGGAAGCUUCCAUCACCCCUCUGGAGGCCAUGCCUGCCAACGAUGCUUACCAGUCUCUGUUCAGUCUGCUCACGACGACCCAUGAAUGCCUACGAGGUAUUCUGCCUCUGAUGCGCACUGUGGGCAAACGACGCGACAAUACAGAUUCGGCCACCAUCUUGACUCUCGUUCCUGCAACGAGCUCUCGCCUCGUCUUACCUUUCUUAGGCAGUCAGAGCACAGCCAUCAAUGCUCUCGUCAGCAUGCUCGAUACCUUUAGGCGAGAGCUACAAUGUGCAACAGUCAGCAAUGGCGACAAGUCUAUCGUCAAUGUCAACUUCAAGUUGCUCGACGUCGGCUUUGUUUUCCCUGAAGGCCAGCUUUCGGCCAAGCGCCAUCCGAGCGCGCAAUCUGUCAUCUCUGUCGAUUCCGCUAGCUCGCAAGGCUCCUUUGCCAAUGCCGCGCACGCACGAGAUCACAUCAAGGAUCUUCCACGUCAUCUACAACACCUAUAUGGUCCAACGCUGACCCUGAGAACGCUGAGACCGCCCACGGAAGCGACUUCUGGCUCGAAGCAUCAUCACAAGCGAGCACAAGUCAAGAGCAACAGAGCGCUAGAUCAGCUGAAGCAAAAGGUGCUCGACACGCUUGUCUCGCCUUCGAUCGCAGUGUCGCCGAUGCGAUGGCUCAAUCAAGGCGGACUCCGAAGCAGCGUCGGCCCGAGGAGCUCAGCUUACUGGCUAGCGGGCAUGCUGCCGACUCGAUUCGUCGACACAUGGCUCACUGCAGUCGAUUGGUCGCUCUCCAAUAUCGCGAGGCGACAAGGCUUGAUCGUCGAGUCCAAUCAGGACAGGGUAAGAGGAGAGGAACAGGCCGAGUCACUCAUUGCCCAGCUGACCCAAUCUCGCGAGGAAGCUGCUCGUCGACUGCAUGCCGAAUCGGACCUCGAGGCUUCCUAUGCUCACGUUUAG